UCAGGACCGUAUUCGACUGUCCCGCCACCCAAAAUGGCCGCGGACGACGUCUCCGAGAAGUUCCAAGGUCUCAAAAUCAAGGAGAACCAAGACAUCAACAUCCUCCUUCUGGGUGAAACCGGUGUGGGAAAGUCCACAUUCAUAAACGCAAUCGCCAAUUAUUUCCAUUUCAAAACAUUCAAAAAAGCGUCUAAAGCACAGGACCUUCUCAGCCUCAUCCCUUCAGUGAUCACUGUUACGAAUGAAAACUUGGAGCAAGUCACUAUCACUGUAGGUAAAGACACCAACGAGUACCAAGAAAUCGGGGCCGCUGGUACUCAAGACGUGAAGACUUACGUUUUUCCAAUAGGCGAAGGCAAAACUAGAUUGCGCUUGAUUGAUUCUCCCGGAAUGGGAGACCCCAGAGGGAUCGAGCAAGAUGAUAUCAACUGUGAAAAUAUUUUAGCAUAUUUGGCACAGCUGAAAGAGCUGCAUGCGAUUUGCUUUUUGAUGAAGCCAACCACCACGAGAAAAACUAUAUUGUUUGAGUAUUGCGUGAACCAGAUUUUGUCUAGGUUGGAAAAGUCGGCAAGUAAGAACAUCAUUUUUAUUUUUACUAAUACAAGAGGGUCGAAUUAUUCCCCGGGAGACACUUUGCCUUGUUUGAAGACUAUUAUUGAUGAUAUUAAAGCGAAACCACCGUAUGUGAGUAUUCCGUUGAAGGAUAAUAUCUUCUCGGUGGACAACGAGGCGUUCAGGUUUCUGAUAGCGAUGAAAAAGGGAAUUAAGUUUGAUGAUAGUGUGAAAGAGAGGUUUAUUGAUAGUUGGAAUAAGUCGGCGAAGGAGUGUUGGAGGUUGAUUUCUUACAUUGUUGGAGAUGCUUCACGGGAUGCUCUUAAACCGCAUCAACUUUUGAAUACUAUUAGCAUCAAUGAAGCUAGACGGAUUAUUGUUUAUCUUUCUCAACCGCUGGCGGAUAUUUCGCAGCUCAUUCAUGAUAACCUGAGGAUUUUGGAGAGGCAUAAGCAAAAUCUCAGGGUGGAGAAUCAGAGUUUGGAUGAGUUAAAAAAGCAGUUAUUCAUUCCGGUUAUUAAUUUGGAAGUGACUCAACUUACGCAACCGGUGACCGUGUGCACAAGCACUAAAUGUGCAGACUUGGUCAAGGUUGGGGAAGUACAGAAGUGGCACUACAAACAGAGAUGUCACGAUCCAUGCUACUUGAGAAACGUCACAAAAGAGAUCGUCGGUGACGUCAAUUUGCAAGGUUGUGCAGCGAUGAACGGUGCUCGGACCUGUGGAAAAUGUACUUGUGACUUUUCUGUACACAUGCACAUUUACUACAUGACAAAGACCAUUAGUGACAAACUAGAGGACGAAGUCGUCAAGAACAACAUUAAUAAAAAAGAAGAAGCCUUACGUGAAAGCAAGAGAUUGAUACAACAGAUAGAUCUAAGAAAAAAUGAGUUGGAACAAGAAAGGGCGAUUAUUAUCAAAAGUACGGCUCAAUUCGCACAUUUUUUGCAAUAUAAUGCAAUUUCACCGUUUAAUGAUUCCUAUAAAGGUUAUAUUGAGUACUUAAUAACACGGGAGAGGAGUCUAGGUCGUCAUGGUGACUUGGAAGUUGUUCACAACUUGGAGCAGCUCUUGUACCAGUAUGAACAGAUUAAAGAAGCCUUUGAGAAUACCUUGAACUUGGACAAGCAGUUGGGUAUUACAACUCAUGGUUCGACUACGGUUACCGCGCAAACCGUUUUGGACACCAUACACAAUCUAUACCAACUCAAACACAACGGAAAAAAGAUUCACGAGUUGUUGAAAAAACAAAGGGCGCCGAGAAACUCUGAGUAUGACGACAGCUGCGAGUACAUCCACCCUAAAUCGUCGGAUUUGAGUCAUGCGGAAGGCAAGAAAGAGAAAGAUAAGAAAACCACGAAAACCGACGACGAAAAGAAAAAAAAGAAAGACGGGAAAAGCACCGAAGAUGAACGGAAGUACAAAAAAGGUGGGAAGAGUACCGACGAUGAACGGCUGCAGAAAAAGGGUAACAGGAACUUCUAUCCUCUAAAUCGGUCCUGUAGUCACGAACAACAAGUGUCCCAACCACGACCUAACCCUACACACUGGCGAGAGCCGCCGCCCCCUUACGACGAUCGCAGACAAUAUCGACCCCCCCAGCAGCACCCUUCGCAUCAAGGCAAACCACAGGAACCCAACGUUUUUGUGACCGUCGAGUUGAACAAACAAGGAAAAGAUCAGAGAGGGCCUGGAGGAUCCGACCACCAAGGGUACGGACCUCCGGAGCAUGGAUACCACCCCGGAUCACAAUAUUACGGUCACGGCCAGUACCAAGGACCACCUCACGGACAGUACUAUAACCAAAAUUACGGCCCGCCUCCACCAUCUGGACCGUACUAUGGGCCUCCUCAGGGUCAUUACGGUGCACCACCACAGGGUCAUUACUAUGGCCCGCCACAAGGUCCGUAUCAUGGGCCUCCAGGCCACUAUCAAGGGCCCCAGGGGCAUUACCAGGGGCCACCUGGUCAGUAUCAAGGGCCGCAGGGUUCGCAUUAUUAUGGUAAUCGUGGACGUGGCUAUCACAACAGAGGAGGUACCAGGAAGCGAGGACAGUCGAAGCCACGGUCGUCUAAAGGCGGGAAAAGCGGUACCGAGAAGAGCAGUCGUUCUUCGGAUUCGGACUCGUAGUAAGGGAUUAAUUGGGGUUUUGAAAGGUUGUGUAAUCCGUACUGAGAAUUAUUAAUUAAGUUUAUAUUGUAUGAUUAUGUACUGCUAUAGUUUUAAUGUGUUAAACUAACCUACGUUAUUCGUUUUGGUACAUGUAUGUCAUAAUUAGUAUUUAGCUUCGUACAUAACAUUGCGUGCAAAUUGGUAUCCAAUAAAAUUUGAAAAAUGGA